AUGUUUGCCAUCUACGAAGACCACGACGGAGGAAUGGAACACUCCAAUGAGUUCGACUGGCCACUUUGUGAUGCCAUCCCCGUCAUGGAAUUUUCCGGGGUCUGUCUAUCGGACGAAAUCGUCUGGAAGGUCCGUACAAUUACCCAUGGCGUCAAACCUCGACUAUGGCCCAAGAAAUGGCCAAGAGACUUUAACUCUGCCGGCGAUAUCGUGCCUGACCCUCAUCCAGUUGCUCGGCACUGCAAUUUCCAUUCGAGCCGCUGGAAUCGGAUUUCCUCCCAUCUACCAUUCAACCGACAUUCUCUGCGGCGAGACACCUGGCUACUGGACUUCUCAGAUUCGACAGAGAGAAUAUCAGAUAAGAAAACAAAGGAAGUUCGAGGGAACCGCAUCCAGGAUCAUACCGAAUCACUGGUCCGACGGCAAAGUUGCCUGGGAGCGCACAUGAGUAUGCUUCGCAGACACCGGCUGCAUAUUUGCAUUGCGCUUACUUUCCGAGAGAGCACCAAUUAUAUCCUCCGAUUUGGACGCGCAUGGCGAGAUACGCUGGACGCGAGGCCGCAGACCGUCUACUGUCAUCGUCACACAAAACAACGUCCAUUGCCUACUCUUGACGGGACAUAUACCGAGGUGGCUUCCUGUCCAAACGUCCGGCGUGAAGCCGCUAUGAAAGUUGGCAUACGGAAGAUAGAAGCGGAACACACAACGGCAUUCUUGUUCACUGCCACAUGCGCGAAGCAUUAUCUGCUCAUGAUCCAGAGGUCGAAUAACCCAAUCAUGGCGAAGUACUUGCAAACCAUCAAGUUCGAAGAGAAUAAUGCACUUCCUCGCCAAAUAACAGACAAGGCAGCAAACAGAGAUGCGGCAACUAGUGGCAUGCAACACACGAAUACAGCCAUGUGCAUGCUGGUUGCGCUCACUGCGCACGAAGAGUCAUUCAUUUCCGUGAUGGAGAUAUUCAACGAGACGUGUAUAGAGCUUGUGGUCUGGACACGUCACAGAUUUCUUCGGAAGGACAUCCCAGCUGUGCUCAUAACAUCUCCACAUGACCCUUUUCUCCGCGAUAACCAGGGAAUGUCAGCAACGAGGCUGUAUUCCGAUGAAAAGUUAGGCUCCCUCCCCCCCAGAUUGCUUGAGGGCACUGGAAGCCAUGAUGAGUGGCGAGAGAAGACAUUUGAUGUUAUCGUCCGCACAGAACUAAUGUGCCAUUUACAUUGGGAGACUAUGGAAUUCGCUCUGACUGUCGGCUUGUGGUGCAUCGUGACUGCAACCACCGCGCCACCCCCCCAAUCCCCACGCCAUCCACUGUUGUUUUUGCUGCAUGGGGUUUGGCAUAAUGAACUGGCUCUAUGA